CAGGGGCAGAGGAGUUCCCUACUGGCCGGCAAAACGCAGAGGGGCAUUCCAUCUGCCAGGGUUCAGAGGACUGGCACCAGUCCGCCCGGGGAGUAGCGGCUGUCAUCCACCAGAGGAUGGAGGAGUGAUCGAGGACCAGGAAAUGGUGUAGACUUGACAGACCCCGAAUGCAGCUGCGCUUGUGUUUGCGCACAGUCUGCGCAGCGGGACGCCGCCAGGACGCGCUCCAACAAAUCUAUAAACUUCCGCUUUAUAACCGGCGUGUUUUGCAAGAGCGAAGUGGACACAAACACAAGGUUAUAAACAGUGAUGAUGGAUUCCCCACCCACAAAGGACCAUAAAAGAAAAAGUCCUGAACGCCGGGAGCCGCUGGAGUCUCCGCUGCCCUCCAUCUCAGAGCGUCUGGCAUACCUGCGACCGUCCCGAGAGCUGCUGGAGUUCUACAGGCAGAAGGUGGCACAGUUUGACGGAGAACACGACGAUCUGCUGCAGAUGCUGGAGAAAUACAGGGGCACUGCCGAGGAACAGCAUAAGUUGCAAUGGGAGGUGCGUCAGCGUGAAGAGGAGAUCACAGAGCUCCAGAAAGCCCUCAGUGAUAUGCAGGUGUAUCUGUUCCAGGAGAGAGAGCAGGCGCUGCGACUGUACGCUGAGAACGACCGCCUCAAAAUCAGAGAGCUGGAGGACCGGAAAAAGAUCCAGCAUCUUUUAGCACUAGUCGGUCCAGAUCCUGGCGAGAUCACCUAUUUUCACCGCGAACCUCCACACAAGGUCACUGUUCCUCAAAAGAAGAUCCAGCCGAGGUCCCAGGACGAAUCCAAGGUGGCAAAACCAAGGCCUGUAUCAGUGAGAGGAACAAGCAGGAAGUCGUCCAAAGAUGUAGAAGAUACCACUAGUUCAGAGCAGUACAAGAGAGACAAUCAGACCUUACUGCUACAGGUGGAGGCGCUGCAGGCUCAAAUGGAGGAACAGACGCGGCUGGCUAAAGAGCAGGUGGAGGCGCUGCUGGAAGACCGACGCAUACACCUGGAGGAGAGGCAGGUGCAGCACCAGAGGGACCAGGAGAGAAUCACAGCCCUCACUGACAAACUCCAGCGCACACAGAAUCUUCUAUACGAGAGCACGAGGGAUUUCCUGCAGCUGAAGUUUGAAAGUCGAGCUCAUGAGAAGGGUUGGAUGGUGGAGAAGGACCGGCUGCUGAGAGAGCUGGACACCUGUCAGGAGAGACUCAGAGAGGCGCGCGAUUACCCUGAGCAGCAUCCCCAAUCCACAGACGUUCUGUUUCUCACACAGCCCAGCCACGAGUCCAGCCAGACCCACCGGGAGGAGAUCAGGGCUUUGCAAGAGGAACUGAUACAGUCUCAUAAACUGGCCGACAUGUACCGAGAGCAGUGUGUGACUCUAGAGACAGAACUGUCUCAGAUCAGAGAAGAGGGUGAUGUGGGCAGAGAGAUCUUCAAAGAACGCUCUGAUAAGAUGGCCAAUCGUCUACAGUUGAUGACUCAACGUUAUGAAGCCCUGGAGAAGAGACGGGCCAUGGAGGUGGAGGGAUUCAAGACCGACAUCAAACACCUACGACAGAAAGUCAAAGAUGUGGAGAAACAUCUCUUCAAAGUGACACUUAACGUGGGUCCUAAUCAGGACUUGGCCAUUCUCCAUGAAGUGCGACAGACCAACAGCCGCACAAAAAAAGUCCAGGACGAGCUGAAGACCCUGAAGGCAAAAAUCUACAAACUGGAGAAUGAUCUGAGAUUCAGCUGAGGCCAAAAGUAUUAGUUUAAUGAGCCACUUCCAUGUGUUUUAAAAUGUGAUAUCACCUAAUAAGUAUAGUCUAACAAAUCAGCCCAGGAAUGUCACACUGGUUUUUAUAUUUUUUUAUUAUUAGUGUUUCACCAAAUCUGAUGUAUGAAGAGCUCCUAUAAGACAAGAGUGAGUGAUGUAUGAAUGCAUAUAAAGAAAGCUGGAUGUUGUAGAUGUGUGUACUUAAUUUGUGCUUUUGCAUUAUUUCUAUAGUUGAAAGAUAAAGUUAGAUUUUUAUAUGAUUCAACAUUUGAGAGAAUGACAAACAUACAAAAUAAGACCAAGAUUCAUUUUAUAGCAAAUGACAAAUAAAAUACAUGAAUUUUUACACAUUUUGGUUUACAAAAAUAUUUCACCCCAAAAUUUGAAAUUGUAUUUUGCAUUAGGAAAACUACUGUAAUACAAAACAGCUCAAUCUCAUUUAUUUAUAUUACAAUUCAAAUUUUUUUUUUCUAAAUUACAAUUUUUUUUUUUUAUGCAAUUUUAAAUGUAUUAAGCACAAUUCCUUCAAGUUUCCAUAAUAUCAAAUUCCAUUAAUGUGAAAAUCCCUCAAAAUAAUUUUGCCAAUACCGAUAAAUAAGGUGGUGGAAAAGACUGAUAACCGAUUAAUCAGACAAUACUUUUUUCCCGGUUGAUUUAUAGAAUUAAAAAAAAAUCUCUUAUAAUAAAAUCCCAAAAGCAGUUUAUUUUGCAACCAAAAGCCCAAUAAUAACUAGAGAAAUGAAAGAUUUGGUGUAUAAGGUGGGAUUUUUUUUAUUAUUACUAUAAAAAAGCCUAAAAUACGCCUGGGACUCUUAUUUUGAAAUGAUAGACUUGGCAACCUUACAGUGCUCUAUACCCACAUAUUUUCCAAAUGAAGCCUUUUAGAGCCUAAAUAGUCACACGAUGAAGAGUGUAUAUAUAUAUAUAUAUAUAUAUAUAUAUAUAUAUAAUUUCACCAGAUGAGGUUCGUUGAUAGGGAAUAAAACAAUUAGGGGAAAAAAUGUACAACAUAUCGGUAAAGAUUUUAUCCGAUAACCAAUAGUUCCAAAAAGCAACUAUCGGCCUGAUUAAUUGGUAAAACCGAUAUAUCGGUCCGGUAGUGGAAUUUUAUAUUAAAGAAACCUGGAGGGAGAAUUGUACUUAAUUGUCAUGAAAAUCAUGAUGCAUAAAAAUAAGGUUAAUUUUCUGUUUGCAAAAUAUCUGACACAGACAUUUAUCAAAUUCACCCAAACAUCGAAACAAAUUGUCCUGAGCACAGCAAAGUGCUCAGUGCAUUGUGUAGUUUUGCCUUAAUCUGUUUCUUUCCCUCCGAAAACAACAUCUCAAAAUUAGAGUUUCGUCAUUUGAAAUCAAAACAAAUAUAUUGCACAGUAGUGUAUGAUGUACCAUUGUUAUUACAUGGCAAUAAUAUGAACGGUACAAGUUUAACACAAAAACAGCCAAAACAUAUACAUAGUAAACUAAAACCCACAAAUAGUAAAACACCACUGAGCUGUAAAAGAGUUCGUAGGGGAACUCAACACUGAAAGCUGCACAUGUACCUUUAAACCUCAGUGAUGGUGACCACAUUACUCAAAGACAGAAGUUCAUUUCCUCCUGAGGCACAAAGUGCAUUGUCACUUUAUACUUGAUAAAAAAUGUUUUUUUUUAACUUUGGCCCUUUUGGUGUAGCAGUAAAGCACAAGUUGCACACUUGGAACUAUCAGAACGGCCGUCCAGACGGCAAACAUUUAUAUAACACAUUUUUUACUCAACAGGCCUUCUGUAAAAGUGCUCGUUAAACGACAGAUUAUUCUCCGGCUGCACAGUUCCAGACCAGCAGAAAGCAUUCGGAGUAGAGUGAGAGCCACUGAGAGUAUCUAUAGUGCCCUAGAGUUAUCUAAUAUAUGACAAACCCAAAAAUGAAAAUGCUGUCAUCAUUUACUCACCCUCAAGUUGUUCCAAAAGCAUAAGAUUUUCUUUUUUUCCAUGUAACAGAAGGAGAGUUCCAAAACUGACAAUGCACUAUAAAAGCUACGUGAAAGCAGUUAAUGCAAAUCGUGCGCUUCUGAAGCCUUAAACUGAAUUCAAAUUAUUAUUCACUGUAAAUGUUACCUUCCGUCGCCAUAGCACUAAAAUAGAACAUAACUCAACUCAACUUUUUUGAGCAUAUUUAAAAAAAAUAUAUAUAUAUUUUUUAUGGAUAGAACAAUUAAUUGAACUGAGCUUAUACUGAGCCAGUGGGAAUAAAUUGCAGAAAAAAUGUAUAAUAAUAUUUAUGUACCGUAAUAAAUUAAUAACCGCUUGCUUGAUCUAAACAAAAGUUGUCAAUUUAAAAGUUUAGAAUCUGGACAAUGCAUACCGCGGAUUCUACUCAUUCUUAAAUAAUGCUUUUUAAUUUGCUGACGAAUUAGAACUGCUUUGUUCUCAUAAUUUGCCAAUUUAUCAUCACAACAAUUAUUUUCAGAGUUGGUAAAAACUAAAAUAAAUUCGAAAGCCACGCGUUAUAUCUCAUUAGAAAGAUCUCAAUUAGUAGAUUACUUCCAAAACAAGCAUAUAACAUAGACGAUGACAUUUUGUAACUUACAGCAAACUAUCCAGAUUCAAACGAGCCCAAACAACAUAAUAUGAUGAGCAGAUCAUGAAAUAUUCCUCGAAGAGUGUUCAUGGAAAGAUGACGAACAAAAGGGCGCUCAAUGAUAAAUGUUCUGCACUUAUAUAGCGCUUUUUUAACCUUAGCGGUAUUCAAAACGCUUUACACUGUGACUCAUUCACCCAUUCUGCCAUUGGGAGCAACUUGGGGUUCAGUGUCUUGCCCAAGGACACUUCGGCAUGUGGAGUCAUGUGGGCCGGGAAUCGAACCGCCAACCCUGUGAUUAGUGGCCGACCCGCUCUACCACCUGAGCCACAGCUGCCCCAAACAACAUUGUACCGAGGACUUUAUGAGUGAAACACAUCCACAUACUAUAUGUGCUCAUGUAAAGGGUUGGGAUGUUUCUGAACACUUAAUAUUUCUGUAUUUUGUAGUCUAAUCCAUCCAUUUCCAAUGGCCGGUCACUUUAGACCGGGAACACAACAAGUGUAACAAAGUCAAAUAAAAACAAUACAAUUUUCUGAAAAUGAUCUAAAACAAAUGAAAUGAAAUGAAACUACAGUUUUCAGAAAAACUUAAUAAAAACAGUUCAUUGGUCAGAUUUGACUGGAACACAAUA